AUGAAGUUUCUUUGCCUCCCCGGUGCUUAUGGCAGCGCAAAUAACUUCCUCGUGCAGUUGGGUCCAUUAGCUGACGAGCUCGGCGACCGCGGAUUGGGGUCAUUCACUUACACUCAGGGCAAGCACGAAGUUGAGCCACCGGCAGGGUGGGAAGAUUACUUUGGAGCACGGCCGUUCUACCGCUUCCUUGACACGCGCCAUGGCGAUAAUUUCGAAAACCUCCGUCGUCUGCGCCACUUGCCGCCCAGCCUGAACCCCGAGGAAUCCAUGCGGAUGUUCCAGGAAUGUAGCAACGGAGAAGAUUGGCACCAAGAGGUUUGGUGCGAGGCCCUCGGUGAUGUAUUCAAAACCCUCGACGAGAACCCCGAAGUGGACGCCAUCAUCGGUUAUUCCGAGGGCGCCAUGUUGGGCGCAAGCGUGAUCGUUGAAGAGGCCCGUCUGGCAGAGGAACAAUGCCGUCGCCCACGUAUCAAGUUUGCCAUCUUCAUCGCUGGCGCCCCUCCCCUGAAGCUCCAAGGCGACAACCGCGUCGUCGCCCAGCUUUACGACCAAGUUGGGGUUGUCAUCAACAUCCCUACCUUUCACAUAUUCGGCUGCAACGACGCGUUUCUUGGAAGCGCAGUCGCCCUGUACAACGUGUGUCACCCUGAACGCGCCAGAAUGUUUGACCAUGGGUACGGCCAUAUUGUGCCCCGCGAUGCCGAGACCGUCCAAGUUCUCUCCGACAUUCUUGAAAAAUUGAUCCCAAGAGUCGAGGCUGGGCUCCCGGUGGACGACGAAUGCGAGUUUGAUCAUGAGGUGAGGAUGAGGGUGAGGGUGAUGGUUGAGGGUGAGGAGAAUGAGGAUGAGGGUGAGGACGAGGGUGAGGACGAGGGUGAGGGUGAGGGUGAGGAGAAUGAGGAUGAGGGUGAGGACGAGGGUGAGAGUGAGGGUGAGGGUGAGGAGGAUGAGGGUAAGGAUGAGGAGGAUGAGGGUGAGGAUGAGGGGAAGAAUGGAGUUCAGAAUUGGCGAUUGUCUUUCGGUAGGAUCAAGGGAGGAAUAGCUAAUAAGAUGAGCCAAAUUUUAACGUCGGUAACUCCCUGGUAUGAAGCCUGGCUUUAUUGUCUGCCAAGACGGCGCCAGGCUGAGACGGGGUCGACCAGGGAUGAGCUCAGAUUGCCGGUUGUUCACCAGAACGCCAUUGGUCGCGGUCUGUCGAUCACCCGCCCAUCGGGCCGUCACCUGCUUGACGCGUUGGGAAAAGCUUCUGCUGCAGGUCUCAGCUCCUGGGGACCAGAGUGA